AUGAGCAGCGACAACGAAGGGACAGCACCAGCAGUAGAAGAAGUGGUAGUAGCGGCAGAGGAAGAAGAAGAAACUGUUCAAUCAGUGCUAGAGGGGGAUUCGGGGGAUUCGGACAGCACGCAAGAUGCGAACGACGAAUCUCGAUCUGCCCCACAGGUGGUAGACUCGUUGCAGUCUGAAGAGGAAGGGGACAGCAACGGGCAGCAGGAGCAGCAGGAGCAGGAGGAACAACAGCAAGAAGGCCACGACAACCACGCAGGUGAGGAAGAGGACGGCGGUGUGAAGGUACACCACGAAGACGACGAGGAAGGGGAGGCAGAGGGAGCGGACGGGGACGGGGACGGGGAUCAGAAUGGGCAUGUAGGUGGGGUGGAGGGGAUAUCAGAAAAAGGUUGUGAUGAACAGCCACAGCCUCCUAGCCCUCCACCACCUCAAGAUACGGAAGAAACGGAAGAGGUGGAGGAAGGGGAACUAGUCGAAGUUGAGGGAGACGAUGAAGAAGAAGGUGAUGAUGAAGAUGACGAUCUAAGUGAUAGCGAUGAAGAAAUUGAAGAGGACGAACGAGAAGAAGAAGUGGUACCUAGAGAAGUAGACGUCGUACAGGCCGAAGAGAACUCACAACCAAAAGAUGCAGAGGAUGACACCCAACAGCCUUUUCCGGAGGAAGAGGUAAUAAUCACACCAGACACAGCAGCAGCAGUUGCAAUAGAACCAAGCCAGGAUGAUGAUGUUGAAAACUGUACAGAAGCGGUCAAAGAUCCCUCCUCCCCUCCCUCCUCACAUCCACCCUCACGGUCAGGCUCUCCACCGCCACAGCCUACAGAGGUGGAGGCACCUUCUCCAAACGACGUUCCAGAGUCCACUGAGCUGCUGCCAGAGGAUCAGCCAUCGGCUCCAUCAGAUCCACCGAGUGCGGACGGUGACUUAGUCUUAGACGACGAAGAUAAUAAAACUGACGAUAAUACUGGCCGUGACGAGGCUCCUGACCCACCGUUCGAGACAGCAGGCAAAGAAAACAACCCCAACCCCGCCGACACCUCAGCUGAAGAUUCUGCUGCUUCUGCUUCUGUUGCUCCCAUUUCCGCUCCCGAUUCCAUUGACCCCAUCCUAGAAUAUCAAGAACAGAACGCCAACUCGGGAGAAGAACAAGAAAAAGAAGAAAGCGAUCAAGAGGGAGAGCAGGUUCUGGUACAGGAUCGCGAUCAAGAGAAGAUCCUUGAUACUGAUUUCGCGGAACAACCACCACUCGAUUCAACCCAUCAGCUAAGGAGAGAUAAUAAUAACAACAAUAACAUAAUAAUCACUGUAAUUUACGACAUUAACGAACCGCUCCCGCUGCCCCCUGCUGGAUAUCAAACAGCCAUAACCCACCCAGCUCCUCCUCCUCCUGUCGCAGAGCAAAAAGAACACGUUAGCACUGAAGUUGUUGAAGAAGCAGAAGACGUAGGCGCUGUCCCCACCGCCAACACCGCCGACGACGACGAACCACAGCACUUUCCGGUGCUAGAGCCGCAGCAGGAAGAGGCCAAUCCCAACGACCCAUCAAAGACUGACAACGAGGAGCUUCCUGGUGAAGUAGAACCCUCCCCAACAGCUGCCGAAGAAGCAGUAUCUGUCGAGGUUCCCCCGCCAGCUUAUACCCCCACAGAACCCGAAAAAGACCCACAGGACCCAAUCGUAACCGCGCCCCCCAUAAUGUCUGAAGUAUCUGCACUGUCCAAUGGCACUGGCUCCUAUAAGGAUGCCACGCCGCCCACCCUGCAGCAACCAUUUACGGAAAAUCGCUUCGAAACGAGCUUCGCCGCCGGCCCGCUGGAUGACGAGGCUGCUGCUGCUGCCGGCGCCGCGGCGCUCGCCAUGUCUGCGGUUGGCAUACCGGACGGCUCCAGGAGGCCCAAGAAAGACAAGUCUCAUAGAAAGAAGGAUAGGUCUUCUGGUGACGGAACCGAAAAGGAAAGGAAGCACAGAGAUAAGGGUGAUAGGGGCGACCGGGAAAGGGCUAAAAGUAGAGACAGAGGCGAGAGAAAAAGGGACAAGAGCGAACUCGGGAUUGGCGAACGCCGAGCAAAGUCGCGUGACCGUCUACGAGAUGACGGUAAAUCACGAGAUCGGGACCCUAGAGAGAAGGAGAAGGAAAAGAAGCACAGGACCCCCGAAGAAAAAGCCGAACGCGAGGCACGAAAGGCUGCGAAGAAGGGCCUGACCGCGCCAACGCCCGUAUACGCAGAUAUCGCCGCAGCGCCUUACGAUCAGUACGACCAGCAGUAUGAUCAACAGUACGAAGAGGACAGGCGCAAGCCGAAGAAAGCCUCCAGACGUAACGGUAUUGUUGCGGGAGAAUUUGUAGAACCUCAGAUCGUAGGCGGUGCGGAAAUGCCAUAUGAGGAGGAGCGGAGGGAAAAGAAGAAAUCCAAGAAAUCUCGCCCGCCACCGAUUGAUACCGAAUCGACGCAGCAACAGUAUGAGCAGCAACAAGAGGAUCAACUGAAGCGCAGGAAGUCGUCGAAGAAAGCGGCAGCCAUUCUUGGUGAAUCUGUCAUCAUGAACGAACCCCCGAUGUCACCAUACAUUGAUGGACCAAUAGAGCAUCCCAAGCGGAAAAAGUCUUCCAAGAAAUCACCGCCACCUGAUAUCGGCGCCGAGCCUGUCCAGGUGCUUUAUGAACCUGAUGCCCGGCCGCCGCCAGCUGGAUCCAACAGAAGGUCCCGCUCCGACUCUUUGAAAAACCCAAUCCCAGGACUCAAUGGGAGCUCUGGGUCCGGAGAAAAGAAGCACAGCCACAAGAAGAAGGAUUCUGCGCAUUUGACCCCCGAGGAGAGAGAGAAGAGGAGGCGGAAACAUGAAGACGACAAGGCGCUUCGAGAGGGCCGAGAACUCGAAAACCACCUUUACAAUGGAAACAAAGAGAAGCGAAAGCUUGAAAGGGCCCUCCAAAAAGCCGCCAAAGCGAAAGCUGAAGAGCUCGAGGGUAUCCCUCCCCCGCUUGCUACGCCUCGCUUUACGGACGAUCUCAACCUCCCGAUCCAGAACCCCGACAACCAGCCCGAGGUCUCGCCGAGUGUCUACGGCGGUGACCAAUACCUCCAGGGCCAGCCCCACCGCGACCAGCAAGACCUGAACGCUCCGAACCCAGAGGCGCCAUUCUCACCCCGCUCGUUCGCUGCAUCUGAUGACCUGGCAAAGGCCGAGAAAGCGGCCCGGCGCGCUGAACGCCGCGCACGGAAGGAGCGCGAGGCACGACAGACCGAUGGGGAGAACCCAGACCACCCGAAGGAUUCCGGCCAUUCCCUCUCAUCUGAGGGAAAGCGGGAGCGCGAACACCACCACCAUAAGAGCCGCGACAAGGGCGAUCGCACACGCUCCCGAUCUCGCCCUGCGGGCCCCGAAGACGAGGAGGAGAGACGGCGUCGAAAGGAAGAGAGGCGGGAGGCGAGGCGGUUGGCGGCAUUGAAUGGAAACGAGGUGCGGGAUGUGAAGGAAAAGAAGAGCAAGCACAGGGAGGGCGGAAGACUCAGGAGUAACAGCGAGAGGAGCCGCGAGAAGGACAUGAUGAGAGAGAUGGAGGUGGGGUACCCUGAGGGCUACGGAAACGCUUCGCAGCAGCCGUGGCAGGCGGGGAAUAUGACGGAUGGAGAGGACGCCAAGGUCGGUUUGAUGAGGAGGACCUUUAGUAAGUUUCUGAAGUUUUAG